AUGGCGACACCAUUUGUUAUUGCCCUUUUGCUCCUGUUGGCUUUAGGUGGUGGUAAUGUGAGAGCUGAACUUGUUUGCUCCACGGAAGUGCUGAUCGAAUUGGGGUCCAGCCCCCAAUGGGCCAAAUGCGUGUCAGAUACGGGUACCAAAGUCAGUCCCACCAUGUCCCAUCUCUCCUUCGAUGAGAUCAAGGUAUUCUGUGACUCGCCGGCCUGCGCAGCCUUUAUGGAACAGAUGAGAGCAACGGGGCUCGGCGAUUGCAGAAUCGUAGGGACGAGCUCACACCUGAUCUCCGACGGACCCGAUGCGUUUGACGCAAAAUGCAGUGCUAUCAGUUCGACGGAAUCGUCAGGUGGCGCCACUGCGAACGACCUUCGAGAAAGUAUCACCUCAAGUGCAACGAGCAGCGUCAAGAUGAUUGCCACAAGCUGUCUUGCGACUAUCACGUUGAUGUUGUUGAUCUAG